GUUUAAAAAUAUACAUUCUAAAUAUAUGGCGUUUACUUCGAACAGUUUUAGUGAGCACCGCACCAAAAUCGCUCGUAGAACCUAUAAAGCGCGUCUUUGUUCCUAAUUUGUCCCUUAUCGGUGUUUAAUUGUUUAAACGAAAAAGUCCGGAAAGAAUGAAAGCGGCGUCUAAACUAAAAGUAGCGUCGAGGUGCAGCCUUGCCCGCGCCAAAAUUGGUCAUCUUGCGUGGUAGUUAGUAGUCAUCGGCCGUCUAUAUUAUUUUAUGUUAUAGUUAGUGUUUAGUGAAUCGAAAAUGUCGCACCUGAAGCGAAGCCAAAAGACGGACUUUACCGCGAACCCUCCCGGGGUCCUAAUGAGGGAACGUAGUUUCGUGAAACCGAGCAGAGACUCCCUUAAGCGUCGCAGUCAAACCAUGGCCACCAUCAAAGCGGGUAAACCCACCAUGGAAAUAUAUAGACCACCCAACGUGAGAACCGACUUACCAAACAUGUCUGGCAAGUUGAACGUGCACGCCAAAGAAUUUACUAUGAAUGAGCUACAGGCCUCCAGGUCGAGCGGUAACAUCCAUUUGGCAAUGGGAUUCGAGCCGAUGCCCCUACAGCACUCGAAAUCCAGUGGAAAUAUCUUACGUCACGUAAGCCAUCAUCCGGGAUUCAUCCCAAUACUGCCUGCGGGAAUGCCUUUGCCUUUGUUGCAUUCUGCUUCCGCGGCACAGCUAGUGGGAGCGAUGCCGAGACCAAACUACCAAUUCGCUCCAGAACUGAUGGCGCACCCGGUAUUCUCCGGACAGAAUCAGCAUCAGAUAUUCCAUCAAGGCAGUUACAUGCCCAAUAAUUUUCAUAAUGCCCCUCAAGCCCCCUCGUCGGCAGCUAGCCUGAAGAGGUCUAAAAGCUUAGGAGCCUCUGACUCACAGAACCUCAUGACAAAGCUAAAAAGCAUCGUUAAAGAAGACAUUGAUAUCAACGUAUUUGCCGAAGAAGACCGAGACAAUAUAAAGCAAGCCAUAGAUGACCCCAACCAGCUUCCUUCGCGCACCCUAAUGGACUUGGUGAAAAUCAUAAUGGAAAAAGCGGUCGAGGGAAUUAAAUAUAGCGAAUCCAUCGCUAAGUUGUGCGUGACGAUAAUAGAAGCGGAAAAAAAUCACACUUUUCUCGAAUCCUUAUUGAACACGUGCCAACAAUGGUAUCAAGAAAGAGACAAAAUUUUACGGGGCAUCAAGGCGGGCGACGGCACCCGUUUCACCGCCUUCAUGUGGUUUCUCACCGAACUUUACGGUUUAUUGAAACGACAACAGAUCCAGGAACAAGUGGUGGAAACGCUACAGCCCGAACUGGUGCUGUUAUCGGUGCUGUCCAAAUGUUGUCAGGCGUGCGUCAGUUUGCCUAUUAAGUGUUUAUCGGAGACCGAGUGUCUCUUUUUCGUGUUGACGUCGAUUGGACGGGACUUGGAGUCGGAAAUUCCGCAACAGCUCGAACAAUUGUUGGCCAAUGUUCGGGACGGUUUUCUGGCGAACGCCGGUUCCGCCAGCGUCAGACGUACGUUGCUUCAGUUAAUCGAGUUGCACGCUUCCAAUUGGCAGCUACCCGGAUCGUCUGUUCUUUAUUAUUAUCCGAGGAUUAAGUAAUAUUUUGUUUUGGGAUGUAUAGGAGGAGUUGUUAUUCUAAUAGGGUCAAAUAGGCAACCAAACAUUAACAACAGUCCUGUGCCAUCUCAAUGGGGUUACAAUUCAAUUUUGCGACUACCUAUGAUCUAUGCAAACCUUAGUGCCCUAAGGAUAUGUUGAAGAUAAAUCGAACAGUCUUCAUUUAAUAAGUAGAAACCUAUACAGGUACAAUAAAAAAUGUGUUUUAAUUUACAUAUAUGAAUUUAAGUCAUUUAACACUCAUAUCAAUAAAAUAAAGGAUGUUAUUUUUUAAAUACCCGUCAAUCCCAAGACAUUUUCAAAAAUGCAAAAUUUUAUUAUAAUUUAUACUGUAUUCAUAUUGUGAGCGAGGUUGUAUGUCAAAUUUUAUAUGAUGAUAAACUAGUGUAAGUUAAAUUUUGUAAUUAAAUAUAAUCGAUAAAUGCA